ACGUCACAAACCCAAAACCGAAUCGUUUUUAGCCUCCGAGAGAGAGAGAGAGAGAGAGAUCUACAGAUAGAGAAUGAGAGAACCGUCGAUGGAGACAGAGAAUGGUGCUUUAACGACGGCGACAACAACGACGACGGCGGUGACUUCUCCACCUCCAAUGGCUUCUUCACCGCGUCAAGCUUUAGUUGAGAGAUUAAAAGAUUAUGGACAAGAAGAUAUUUUCUCUCUUUGGGAUGAACUUUCACCAGACGAAAAAGAUUUUCUCGUUAGAGAUAUUGAGAAUUUGGAUCUUCCAAGAAUAGAUCGGAUUAUAAGAUGUUCACUUCACUCUCAAGGUUUACCGGUGGCGGCGAUCGAACCGGUACCGGAGAAUUGGGUUUCGACAGUAGAUGGAAGAACAAUGGAAGAUAGAGAGAAAUGGUGGAAAAUGGGAUUAAAAACUAUCUAUGAAGGCAAAUUAGGUGUUGUGCUUUUAUCUGGUGGACAGGGAACAAGGCUUGGAAGCUCAGAUCCAAAAGGAUGUUUCAAUAUCGGACUACCAUCAGGGAAAUCGCUCUUUCAGAUUCAAGCAGAGAGAAUCUUGUGUGUUCAAAGACUUGCUGCUCAAGUAGUGAGUGAAGGUCCAAUUCGUCCAGUUACAAUACAUUGGUAUAUUAUGACUAGCCCAUUUACUGAUGAAGCGACACGAAAAUAUUUCUCGAGUCACAAGUACUUUGGUCUUGAACCAGAUCAAAUCAGUUUUUUCCAACAAGGUACAUUGCCUUGCGUUACAAAGGAUGGAAAAUUUAUUAUGGAGACACCUUUCAGUCUAGCUAAAGCUCCAGAUGGUAACGGCGGAGUCUAUGCAGCGCUAAAGUGUUCAAGGCUAUUAGAGGAUAUGGCUUCUAGGGGGAUUAAAUACGUCGAUUGCUAUGGCGUUGACAAUGUCCUGGUUCGAGUAGCUGAUCCUACUUUUCUUGGAUACUUUAUCGAUAAAGGGGCUGCUUCGGCUGCAAAAGUUGUGCGGAAGGCAUAUCCUCAAGAGCAGGUAGGAGUGUUUGUUAGAAGAGGUAAAGGAGGACCGUUGACAGUAGUUGAGUAUAGUGAGCUUGAUCAGUCUAUGGCUUCUGCUAUUAAUCAACGAACAGGACGUCUUCAAUAUUGCUGGAGUAACGUGUGCUUACACAUGUUUACUUUAGAUUUCCUUAAUCAAGUCGCGACCGGCCUAGAAAAAGAUAGUGUGUACCAUUUGGCGGAGAAGAAGAUACCAUCUAUGAAUGGAUACACAAUGGGACUAAAACUAGAACAAUUCAUUUUUGAUUCGUUUCCUUAUGCUCCCUCAACCGCACUUUUUGAGGUUUUAAGGGAAGAGGAGUUUGCACCAGUGAAGAAUGUUAAUGGGUCGAAUUUUGAUACACCGGAGAGUGCCAGGCUUUUGGUUCUAAGGUUACACACACGUUGGGUUAUAGCAGCAGGAGGAUUUCUAACACAUUCUGUGCCUUUAUAUGCUACUGGUGUAGAGGUUUCACCUUUGUGCUCAUACGCCGGAGAAAAUCUUGAAGCUAUUUGUCGAGGAAGAACGUUUCAUGCACCUUGUGAAAUUUCCCUCUAAUGGUUUUUGUGUUUUUGUUUUGGGGUAUUAAAAUCUUUUCUUCAUU